AUGGCCAGUUUCAUAUCAUCACAGAUAGGUGAUAUAGAACCAGAUAUUGUACGGCUCCUAGAUAAUCCUAAGUUAGUGGAGUCAACCAUUCAAGGUGCUUUCAAAAGACCAACCAGAAUAAGACCAGCUCUUCUUAGUGAAAUAGAUGAUCUUAAGAUACAACAAGGAUUAAUCAUCAAGGAUCUCUUCUUUGCUUUGUUUGGGUAUGAAGGCUGUUAUAUCAGAUAUCACGAUAACUUCAAUUCAUCUAGUGUUGAUUCUAGGAUCAAUGGGGCUGAUUUCAAAGUGGCUAAACAUUUGGAUAUCAGUUUAAAGACCAUAACGAAGAAAUUAUUAAGAUUUGGGAAAUAUUAUUCUGGUUUAAUUGAAUUCAUUAAUUAUUAUGAUAAACCUCAUUAUGGACGUGUGGUUCAACGAUUAUGUUAUGUCAUUUCUCAAUUAAUUGGGGUUUAUCAGCAAUUAAUCUUAGAUUUAGAGAAGGAAUUCAAAUAUAAUGCUCAUUUCAAUUUAAAUAUCCUUGAACAUACCAUAAAUCAAAGUGAAGUGGCGAAUAAGAUAACUCAUUUAUAUGAAAUAGUGAAACAAAUCCAUCAAAUAACUCAAGAAAGACAAGCCCAUCCAAGUCAGGAUAAUAAUUUUGAUGAUUUCUUAUCUAAUGUGAAACGAUCACUUCAUGAACCUGGAAUUAUAGAGACAUAUAGUAAUAGUGGAAGAUCUGAUGUUUGUAAAGGUGGUUCAGUACUUAAGUUAAUACAAGAGAGGAUUAAUCUAUUCAAAGGAGAUUUCAACUCAUUACAAUUCUUAACUGAAUUAUUUGAUAAUAUAAGUGAACAUUAUGUCAGUCUGCUUAAUAAAUGGUUAAGUGAAGGUAUAAUUGAUGAUCCAUUUGAUGAAUUUUUAAUCCGGGAGAAAUCAGUUCCUGAUUCGUUAGUGGAGAUAUUUAAUGAAAAGAGUGAACAUUAUUGGAAUGAAUUAUUCGUAAUUAAAUCAGAUGGAUUAAUCCAACAAUUUAAUGGAGUUGAAAUUCAAUUAAAGUUAUUGAAUACGGGGAAAUAUCUUAAUAUCUUUAAACUUUGUACUGGGAUAACUGAUUUUGAUUUAUUAAAUGAAAAUUUAUCACCUAUAGUUAAAAUUAAUUCAUCAGAUCUUGAAUUAAGAAUCAAUCAAUUUUAUAAUCGAGCUAAUAAAUUAUUAAUGAAGUUAAUAUUUGAAGGAUUUUAUUUCAAGUCAUUAGUGAAGGAAUUCCAACUGAUGUUUUUAUUUGAAAAUAGUUUUAAUAUUGAUCAAUUUAUCGAUAAAUCAUUUAAUGAAUUAAGACGAGAUAGAUAUUCGAUAUCAUUAUCGAGAAUACAAAAGAAUUAUCUUGAAACUCAUCAAUCCAUAGCAAAAUUUGAAAUAAUUGGAAAGAAUUUACAAUCAGAAACUUCUAUAGUAGAAUUAUUACGUCAAAAUCAAAAUUUAACGGUAUCAUCAUCUAAUUUUUAUGAAGUUACUAAAGAAAUCAUGAAUGUACAAACAUUUGAUCCUGAUAGUGUAUUUCAAGAUGAACCUGAUUUACAACGAUUUUUAAAUCGAAGUUUAGAGAAAAGAAGAGCCCCAAUUCAAUCAUCAGAAUCAAAUCGUGAUCAAUCAGGAUAUGAUCAACAUCAUAGUGAUACCUAUACCAUCUCAAGUAUUGAUUUAACAGUGACAUUACCAUUCCCAUAUAAUUUGAUUAUAAGUCGAGAAUUAUCGUAUCAUUAUGAAUUAAUGUUUAAAUUACAAAUCAUUAUUAAAUUCAUUGCUAAGUUUAAUGAUUUAACAUGGAAAGAGAUUAAUAGUACCACCGUAUGGCAGUUCCCUCGAUUUUCAAACCCGAUGAAGAAAUGGAUAUUAAGAUGUAGAAUGUUGCAUACUAGAAUGAGAGAUUUAAUCAAUGAAGUUCAAAUAUAUUUGAAUCAUGAUGUUAUUGAAUCUGGGUUUAAUAAAUUUAAUGAGACAUUGGAUUUAACUGAGACUAUAUUAUUAGACAGUGAAUUAGGUUCAUCGUCAACAUCUUCAUCUACAGCCACUACUACUACUACCACAACAAAUGACAAGUUCAAUUCGCUUAAUAGAUUUAACAAUAGUAAUGAUAUAUUUGAUUCCAAGAUUUAUAAUAAUCAAAUCAAUAAAGGACGAGCUAUAUCAUCAGCUAUUAAACCUCAAUUACAUCAUCAACAAGACCAAGCAGAUUUAAUCAAUGUGAGUAAUCUCCGAAAUAAAUUAAGUGAAUAUUUGAAUGGAUUAAUUAAUGAUGCCUUAAUUACCAAACCAGAUUUAUUAAAUGGUUUAAAACGAUUAUUUGAUUUAAUCAUUCUGUAUAAUCAUUUCUUAACUCGAUUGAAAACGACGGUGAUUUUAUCAAAUGAAGAAUUAUUCAGUCGUUUCUCUCGUGAGUAUCCUGAUAAAUUUAAUGAUAAAUCAAUGGAUAAUGAUCUGAUAAAUGAACGAUUUGAAUAUUUGAAUAAUCGAUUAAAGGAUUAUUUUGAAACGUUUGGAGAUUCAUUAACUGAAUUCAUUGUAUCAUUACGAGAAUAUGGUGAAAGUGAAAAUAAGCUGAUCUUAAUCUUAACUGAAAGAUUAGAAGUUUGCUUUCCUGAAAAUUAA